CCACACACACACACACACACACACACACACAAUGUUCUGGUUCAGAAACCUCUCCAAAUUUUCCACCACAACCACACUUCCCCGAUCCAAAACCACGCUCCUCUCGCCACGUUUCACUUUUCUGAUCUCUCGCUUCACCACGGCGACGGAGACCCCAGUUUCCGGUUCAACCGGGUUGGCUCCCCAUGCCGGUUUGGCGCCCACGAAGCCGCACGAGAAGCCGCGUGUGGUGGUGCUGGGGACCGGUUGGGCCGGGUGCAGGCUCAUGAAGGGGUUGGACACUGCAAUCUACGACAUCGUUUGCGUCUCCCCUCGGAAUCACAUGGUGUUCACGCCUCUCUUGGCUUCCACUUGUGUUGGAACUCUUGAGUUUAGAUCGGUUGCUGAACCCAUUGCCAGGAUCCAACCUGCUAUUUCCAGGGAGCCUGGUUCUUAUUUCUUCCUUGCUAAUUGUACUGGUGUUGAUGUUGAUAAGCAUGAGGUGCAAUGUGAGACUGUGACUGAAGGAACACAGGCUCUAGAUCCUUGGAAGUUCUCAAUCGCCUACGAUAAGUUAGUAAUUGCAUUAGGAGCACAACCUACAACUUUUGGAAUUCAUGGAGUCCUUGAACAUGCAAUUUUUCUUCGAGAAGUUUACCAUGCACAGGAAAUUCGUCGGAAAUUGCUUCUGAACUUGAUGAUGUCCGAUGUUCCAGGGAUUGGGGAAGAGGAAAAGAAAAGGUUGUUACACUGUGUGGUUGUGGGAGGUGGUCCUACCGGAGUUGAAUUCAGUGGUGAACUGAGUGAUUUUAUCAUGAGAGAUGUCCGUCAGAGAUAUUCUCAUGUGAAGGACUAUAUCCAUGUUACUUUAAUUGAGGCCAAUGAGAUAUUGUCUUCCUUUGAUGUUCGACUAAGGCGCUAUGCCACCAAGCAGUUGACAAAGUCAGGAGUCCGACUUGUUCGUGGCAUUGUGAAAGAUGUUGAUGAUCAGAAAAUUAUCCUUAAUGAUGGUACGGAGGUUCCAUAUGGAUUGUUGGUAUGGUCUACUGGAGUUGGUCCAUCUUCUGUUGUCAGCUCUUGGGAUCUCCCUAAAUCUCCCGGUGGAAGGAUUGGCAUUGAUGAGUGGCUUCGUGUUCCCUCAGUACAAGAUGUCUACGCAAUUGGUGACUGCAGUGGAUUUGUUGAAAGCACUGGAAAACCAAUACUUCCGGCUUUAGCCCAAGUAGCGGAGAGGCAAGGUAAAUAUUUAGCAAGCUUAUUAAACAAAGUAGGAAAAGCGAACGGAGGCCGUGCAAACAGUGCAAUAGACAUAGAGUUGGGGGAUCCUUUUGUUUACAAGCACCUUGGAAGCAUGGCAACUGUUGGCAGUUACAAAGCUCUAGUUGACCUCAGAGAGAGCAAGGAGGGAAAAGGGGUAGCUCUGGCAGGUUUUGUCAGUUGGUUUAUUUGGCGCUCAGCGUAUCUAACUCGUGUCAUCAGCUGGAGGAACAGAUUCUAUGUAGCUAUCAACUGGGCUACAACUUUUGUGUUUGGCCGUGAUAUAAGCAGGAUAUGAAAUCUUUUGAGGGCUUUCAUAAUUCAUAUGAUACUUUGCUUCAUUGAUUGCAUUGAUCAUUGUGGAGAACAUAUUUCAAAAGCCAGUAAUUCUCAAGAGACGAAUUUCAGUUUGCUGAAACAGCAAGGGAGUGUACUUGUUCAUGAUAUUUGCUACAUGUUCAAUUUGGUCAAAACAGUGGAAAUUAAAGGAGGCUCGAGAUUUGGCUUGAAGAGGAAAGCAAUAAAAGAAUCUUUUGUGUAUACACGUCAUAUUUCAAUUUCAAUUUUCAUGUUUAUGUAACCUGUUCAAUUGUACUAUCACAAAAAAUAAUAUAUUCUGUAAACAGAUUCUUUGGGUGGAAAAGUUUGUAGUUCAUUCUUGCAUCAAA